CCCUAAGGCUGCCUUGAACCAUUGCCAACUCCCCGCCAACUCCCCAACAACAGCCCCCCAAGCGGCGCGUGCACCCACCCCACGAUCCUCACCUUCAACUCCCCGUAUGCGAUUCACGAUCCCAAACCGUCACAAAAGAAAAUUCCCAACAAACCUCUUCGUUUGGCAGUCUACAACCCCCACAUCAUCACUCACUUCACCAUGCCGCCCGCGGUCGCGAUCCGAGGUGGCCCGUGGGCGUCCUCGGCGUCCAGCUCCGCCCGCGGUAAGCGUGGUACCGCAUCCAAGGCGAACCAAGGUGGAAAGGGCAAGACUGUGCUGCGGAACGCGGGCACCGGUGCGAAGAGACAUCGGAAGCCUAUGAGGGAUUGUAUCCGGGGUAUUACUAGGCCUGCUAUUCGGUAUGUUUUUUUUUUCUUUCUUGAUUGUGAGAGAUUUUCUUCAAUCGAGAUUUCUUGGUCCAUCUGGAUGAGGGUGAAAUUACUCAAGUUUACUGAGAUGAGUGAGGGCGAUGAGGGGAACUUGCGUUUGGCGUUUUCCUCCUUCACCGAAUCUCAUUCGGUGUUCAUCACGAGCAUCAUCACCUGCUUCACCCACCUCACCUACUCCGGUGUCUCUACCACGACGACACACACUACCUCCUUCCUUCCUUUUAGAAGUGAAUCUGAAGCUAACCGCAUAUUCUCAUGUAGUCGUCUAGCUCGUCGUGGCGGCGUCAAGCGGAUUUCCGCCAUGGUCUACGAUGACGUCCGUUCGGCUAUGAAGACCUGGCUCGAGUCUGUCCUGACAGACUGCGUGACGUAUGUGGAGCAUCGUAAAAUGAAGACUGUUCAAGUUACCGAUGUCUUACAUGCUCUGGCCCGCAAGGGUAAGCCGAUCUAUGGCUUCGACCCCGAUACCUUUGUCGACCCGAAGUCGCGCAAGGCCAAGGCAGCAGGCAUCCACGACUGAGAGUGUUCUACCCGUUUACCCCUUCUUGCGUCUCUUCAGGUUUAGAGAGGCAAGCUGUUGGUCAAAGACGCCAAAACCAUCUCCACCACCAGUCAGAAAAGCG